AUGGACGGCUUCUCCGGCAACUCGGGCGUCAUCGUCAUCGCGGCCACGAACCGCGUCGACAUCCUCGACCAGGCGCUCAUGCGCCCGGGCCGCUUCGACCGCAACGUGCCCGUGCAAUUGGCGGACAAGGCCGGGCGCGCGGAGAUCCUCAAGGUCCACGUCCGCGACAAGCCCCUGGCGCCCGAGGUCGACAUCGACACCGUCGCCGGCCGCACCAUCGGCUUCUCCGGCGCCCAGCUCCAGAAUUUGAUGAACGAGGCCGCGAUCUUCGCGGUCCGCCGCGACGGCGACGUCAUCGAGAUGCGGGACGUCGAAUCCGCGCUCGACCGGUUGACCGUGGGCCAGGCCAAGCAGACGGGCACGAACAACAAGAAGCGCCAGGAGCUCGUCGCCUACCACGAGGCGGGCCACGCCAUCAUGGCCGCCAUGACGCCCGGCUACGACGCCGUCGCCAAGGUGACCAUCGUGCCCCGGUCGAACGGCGCGGGCGGCUUCACGCUCUUCACGCCCAACGAGGACCGCGCCGAGUCCGGCAUGUACUCCUUCUCCUUCCUCAACGCCCAGCUCGCCGUCGCGCUGGGCGGCCGCGUC